AUGGAGAAGAUAUCAAGUGAUCCUCCAGCGCAGGAAAUUCAAAGUGACGCACCUGAUGAAGGGGAGCUAGAUCGCCCCCCGGCCAGCACCUGGACGGUGGUUUCCCUCACUAUUGCUCUGUGUCUAGGCAUUUUUUGCAUGUCGUUGGAUGUCACAAUCAUCACGACUGCAAUUCCUCGUAUUACCGAUCAGUUCGACUCACUAAACGACGUGGGCUGGUAUGGUAGUUCCUUUCUCCUUACAAACUGUGCCACUACCCUUGCCUUCGGAAAAUUCUACACAUUCUACUCGACAAAAUGGGUGUACCUAUCUGCCCUAUUUCUAUUCGAAGUCGGCUCUCUUGUUUGUGGAGUUACCCCUACCUCAGUAGGCCUGAUUCUGGGUCGAUGUAUUGCUGGUGUGGGUGCUGGGGGUCUCUUCUCCGGGAGUCUCUUGAUCAUUGCUCAGACUGUUCCUCUGCACCGUCGCCCAAUCUUCACGGCCCUACUUGGUAGCAUGUACGGCAUUGCCAGUGUUGCUGGUCCUCCACUGGGAGGCGCGUUGACAGAUCGUGUCUCUUGGCGUUGGUGCUUCUAUAUCAACUUGCCUAUCGGUGCUGUUACUGCUACAUUCGUCCUGUUUUUCUUCCAUGCCCCCAAGUCAGUCAAAAGACGUCCCGAGCUACGCAAACUGCUCGGCGAGCUCGAUCCUAUCGGCUCGUUCUUCUUCCUACCCGCUAUCGUCUGUCUUCUUCUGGCCCUCCAGUGGGGCGGCACAGAAUACGCUUGGAAUAAUCCCCGGAUAAUUGUUCUUUUCGUGCUCACAGGUGUUCUCCUGCUCGUCUUCGUGGCCGUUCAGAUCUAUGAGAAGGAGAAGGCUACACUUCCGCCACACAUCGUGAAGAACCGGAACAUCUGGUCAUCGGCCUGGUUUGCCAUUACACUCAAUGGUGCUUACUUCGUCUUCAUUUACUACCUUCCUAUUUGGUUUCAAACAAUCAAGGCGGCCUCGGCCACAAAAUCAGGUGUAAUGAACCUGCCUAGUAUCAUCGCAGUCGUUAUCGUCUCUAUUCUAUCCGGUGUGCUCGUCACCAUAUCCGGAUACUACAACCCCGUCAUGAUUAUGUCCGCGGUCGCAUUAUCGAUUGGCGCCGGCCUACUAAGUACCCUGAAGACAGACUCGGGGAGUGGAGAAUGGAUCGGUUACCAGAUUCUGAUGGGCAUUGGUGUCGGCCUCGGAAUGCAGCAGCCGUUUAUAGUGGUGCAGAAUGUGCUACCCGAUGUGGAUAUCCCUACCGGUACAGCUGUGGUGACAUUUGCUCAGACCCUGGGAGGUGCAAUCUUCAUUUCUGUGGGUCAAAAUAUCUUCCAGAACCAAUUUGCUCAUGCCAUGCGCUUGGAAGAUCUUUCCGCAGAAAUAGCCACAGCCCUCGCGGCUGGCACGACGACCCUGCGCAAGAAUCUUCCAGCUGAGUUGCUGCCAGCUGUCCUGAGAUCUUACAAUUCCGCUAUUACUGAGGCAUUCUAUGUGGGUGUAGCCCUGGCGGCGCUUUCCAUUUUUGGAACGAUCGGGUUGGAAUGGAAGUCCGUCAAGAAGCCGAGGAACACAACACCUAACGAUGAGGCCGCCGUGGCAGCUGAGUCUGGAUGA